AUUUAUAAACGCAAGAUCUUCAGAUUUUAAUUAAAAAGAAAAAACCCAAAGUGAGUGUUUUCUCCAGCAAGCCCCCUUACCAUGGAUCCACAGCAACAAAGAGCAGCAAUUCCCCAGCGCGGCCCUCCUCCUCAAACCGGCGAUUUCUCUCCAAUUCUCACUGUCUUCCUCUCCUUCAUCGCCAUCUUCGCCUUGAUAGUGAUUCCAUCGUCAUCCAAUAUUAAGAAUAGUUUAUCCAUCUUGCACCAAGUCCCAGAAGGUCAUGUUGGGGUAUAUUGGAGAGGAGGUGCGCUUCUACAGACAGUUACAGAUCCAGGUUUUCAUCUAAAGUUGCCUCUGAUAACCCAAUAUGAGCCUGUUCAGGUGACACUUCAGACAGAUCAGGUUAGGGAUAUUCCAUGUGGCACUAAAGGAGGAGUCAUGAUUAACUUUGAGAAAAUCGAGGUUGUCAAUCGGCUUGGUAAGGAAUAUGUAUAUGAGACACUACUGAACUAUGGCGUGCAGUAUGACCACACAUGGAUAUAUGACAAGAUUCAUCAUGAAAUCAAUCAGUUCUGCAGCUCUCAUUCUCUUCAACAAGUUUAUAUUGAUGUUUUUGAUCAGAUUGAUGAAAAGAUGAAAGAUGCUCUUCAAGGCGAUUGCACACGUUAUGCUCCUGGAAUUGAAAUAAUAAGUGUGCGUGUCACAAAGCCUACCAUUCCAGAAAGCAUAAGAAAGAAUUUCGAACAGAUGGAAGAAGAACGCACUAAGGUCUUAAUUUCUAUUGAGAGACAGAAAUUUGUUGAGAAAGAGGCAGAGACAACAAAGAAGAUGGCUAUCAGUGAGGCUGAAAAGAAUGCCAAUGUGAGCAAGAUUCUCAUGGAACAGAAGUUGAUGGAGAAAGACAGUGCAAGGCGGGAGCAAGAGAUUGAGAAUCAAAUGUACAUGGCUCAUGAAAAGAGCCUGGCAGAUGCUGCAUUCUACCGCGUCUUGAAAGAAGCUGAAGCAAACAAGUUGAAGCUUACUCCCCAGUUUCUCGAGCUGAAAUUCAUUGAAGCCAUUGCUGAUAAUACAAAAAUUUUCUUCGGGGACAAGGUGCCGAACAUGGUUCUUGAUCAGAGACUGCUGGGAAAUUUUCUGCAAGGGAUGUCUGGAGGGAUGGCUAGAGAAGUGGUCUCGGAAGAAGUGUGAAGAGAGAGAUCGGGAAUAUAGGUUAAGAGGAGAUCGGGAAUAUAGGUUCGAUCUCCAAUCUGUCCAUUAUGUGUGGCUGAUAACUUUAUUCCCAUACUGCUGCCGAUGAUAAAUUACUGAUUGCAUUCCGUUUAAGCUUGGUUUGGGGAUGACCUAUGCUUUUUGCCUUCUAUUAGAAGGUUGCUACCAAUGGUAUAUGCGUUACGUGUGUACUCUUUAAUGUCAUUGAGAGAAACAAGCUAGUUAUGUUUUCUUAGGUUAAA